CACUACGCAUGCGCCUUUAAAAACUCUUUAAAUACCCCAAGUCAUCUGCCACAAUAAACAUUCCGCUGUCAGCCAAUCCACGGCUGUACUGAAGUAGUCACUGGCACAUAGAGGCCGUUGCAGAUACAGACAAAAUAUUUACUUUUAAAUACGGUUCUUCUAGUAUUAGCCACGAUCGAGAACCUGCCUGAGUAAUAACGAAUUUGACCCGGAGUCGUAAAGGCUGUGCAGGGUGAAGUCGGGGGAGACGGACAGGAGAAAAAACAAAGAUGGCUGUGUAGCCAGAGAGACGAGUCCCAGCAGAACUGUCUCUAGCCGCAGCUUUAAUCACCGACAGGUCCCGUGGGUCCCGUGGACAGUCAGCCGGUACCGAAGCAGGGACGUUAGAUGAGCAGCCGAGCUGGGCCGCUGGUGUAGCUACAUCGUUGUAAGCUGCUGUCAUUGCGAAUAACGGCGUCGAGUGUACAACAACAGCUGAGAGACGCCUGAGUUGUUUUUGUUCUGCAAGGGGAGAGGACUGCUGUGUUUGUGUCAACGUAGCUAGCCACAUAGUCUGCUAGCCUCACUGUAAGUCAACAAAACUAGUCAACGCUUUGCACAUGAUCUCGUUAUUACACAAUCAUUGGCUUGUUAAAUUCCAAGUGCGUAACGUUAAGUGGAGGGGGGCAUUAAUAACAAUAAUAAGUUAGCCUGCAUUCCUUUCUGACAGCCUGCUGCCGUAGCGUUAGCCUAGCUAACGUUAGCUAACGUUAUCUGUCAGCUGACCGUUAGCUUGACAGGUUGGAAGCUAGCCCUGAGCUAACCUGCUAAUAUUUCGGGCUCAGUCUGGUCGCGCGGCAGGUACAUCUCAGAAAUUUCUAGCCAUUGCCAUGUCUUCACUGGAAGAGAGAGACGGGGGCGUUGUGGCCGCCCCUGGCUCCUCCUCAGCCGGUAUGGGGGUCGGGGCCGUGGGGGCAGCGGUGGAGGCUGUCGCCGGGGUCGCAGCCAUGCAGGAGGAGGUCGGGAUACGACGAGAAGGGCCCGAGCCUGACCCAGACGAGCCACCCAAGAAGAGGGCAAGAUUGCCCGAGGGAGAGUCAGGAAAGCUGGAGGAGAGACUGUACUCAGUGCUGUGCUGCACCGUGUGCCUAGACUUGCCCAAGGCUUCUGUAUACCAGUGUACAAAUGGACACCUGAUGUGUGCAGGCUGUUUUAUCCAUCUCCUGGCUGAUUCUCGUCUCAAGGAGGAACAGGCCACGUGUCCCAACUGCAGGUGUGAGAUCAGCAAGAACUUGUGCUGCAGGAACCUUGCAGUGGAGAAGGCUGUCAGUGAGCUGCCGACAGAAUGUACCUUCUGCCUAAAACAGUUCCCCCGCUCCAGCUUAGAGAGACACCAGAAAGAGGAGUGUCAAGACAGGGUGACACAGUGUAAGUACAAGAGGAUUGGCUGCCCUUGGCAAGGUCCGUUCCAUGAGCUGCCAGCACAUGAGAGCGAGUGCUCCCAUCCGACUAAGACUGGUACAGAGCUGAUGGGAAUACUGGGAGAGAUGGACCAGAACCACCGCAGAGACAUGCAGCUCUAUAACAGCAUCUUCAGCCUGCUCUGCUAUGAAAAGAUUGGGUUUACAGAAGUGCAGUUCAGGCCGUACCGCACUGAUGACUUCAUCACUCGUCUGUACUAUGAAACACCGCGCUUCACUGUUCUCAACCAGACAUGGGUGCUGAAGGCCCGUGUUAACGACUCUGAACGCAACCCCAACCUGUCCUGCAAGCGCACCCUCUCCUUCCAGCUCAUCCUCAAAAGCAAGGUGAACUCUGCCCUGGAGUGCUCCUUUCUGCUGCUGAAGGGGCCGUAUGACGACGUGCGGAUCAAGCCGGUCAUCCACCACCACUCCUUCUGCAACGACGCCAACGAGACCGACUACGUCCCUCUCCCCAUCUCCGAUUCGGUGGAGUGCAACAAACUGCUGGCCGCCAAAAACAUCAACCUGCGCCUGUUCAUCUUCCAAGUCCAAAAAUAAAGAGUGAGGGAAGAGGAGGAGGAGGAGGAGGAGGAGGAAGAAGGAAGAAUGGUGAUGGAGGGCGAGGGGCUGAGAGAGAGGAGUGAUGAAGAUUAAAGAAAGACACCACUGAACCACUGAUACCUCUUAACACACACACACACACACACAUACUCUCACACACAUUCACGCAGGGUCCACACGCUCACACACACACACACACACACACACACACACACACACACACACACACACACACACACACACACACCACUAAUUACACUUACCUCCUUUUACAAGAUAGUGAGACCCCUUGCUUCGGGGAGCUGUGAGUUGCUAUGGAGAUGGGUGGGCGUUGCCAUAGGAUGGAGGGGUGGGGUGAAACAUGCGAAGGCACAGGCGAGGGUGUUUGGGUGAGGGAGGGGCUUCUGGGAUGGUUGGUGUGUACGGUACCUGUGGAGGCUCUCUGAGGUUAGGUUGUGUCUGACCUGUCACCCCUGACACCUGCAGCCAAAGCUGGCACACACACCAUAGCAGGAUUUGUUGUGUGUGUCUGUGUGUGUUUGUGUGUGUGUGUGUGUGUGACUGAGAGGGAACGAGUUAGGUGACCCUCGAGUGUGGCCCAUACUCUGCUUUUAUGAUGAAAUGUCACAAAGAUGUGAUAAUGUGAAAAUAGAGUGAUUGACUCUACUAAGCUGUUCUUUGGACAUGUGACUGGAUGUGGAGGGUGUGUGUUUUUGUGUUUGCGUGUGUGUGUGUGUGUGAGAGAGAGAGAGAGCGAGUGUGUGUUUUUCCCUUCCCUCUACACACUUUAUGCCUGAGUCUAGUCUAUGAUUUCAUUCUGUUUUGGCAAAAGUGUCCCUCUUGCAUCUCAAGCUUUGCCAGAACAGACAAAAGACGGCGUUCCCCAUCAGUGACCCCCUUUUACCUUUCACCAAGAGGAGAGAUGGCCUGGCUGCAUGCAUAUUUUAGUUUAUUCUUCUACUUCUUCCUCUCGCUGUGGUUAUAUUUAACCUUCAACACUAAUACCAUUUUUAUUUCUCUUAACCCUAAAUAUUUAAGUACCUGUGAACUUUUUUCUUUUUCUUUUGGGUUUUAGCGUGUGACUGGCUGCCAGUAUGUGUGCGUGAGUGUGUGUAAACCGAUCAUAAUAGUGAGAAUCCUGUCCCUAUUAAACAGUACAAUCCUUGAGG